AUGUUUGGCCUGAGUAGCUGGAAACCGAAGAAAAAACGAACAUGGAAAGGUACCAAGCUUUACCAAAUAACGGGAUCCCGGAAUCCUAAGAAACAGUUGAAGAGGGAGAAACAAAAGAAGUGCAAGAAACAGAAGAAACAGUUGAAGAAGAAGCAGAAGAAGAAGAAAGAAACAGUUGAAAAAGAAACAGAAGAAACAGUUCUUGGAGAAGAAGAAGCAGAAGAAACAAAGAAAGACGAAGAAACAGAGGAAGAAGAAGAAGAAACUGAAGAAACAGUUGAAGAAGAAGAAGAAGAAGGAGAAAGUAAGGGAACAUUUGAAAAAGAAGAAGACGAAACUGAGGAAACAGUUGAAGAGGAAGAAGAAGAAGCAACGGACGAAACAGUUGAAGAAGAAGAAGGAACUGAGGAAACAGAUGACGAAGAAGAAGAAACAGACGAAACAGUUGAAGAAGAAAUAGGAACUGAGGAAACAGAUGACGAAGAAGAAGAAACAGAAGAAACGGUUGAAGAAGAAGAAAUAGACGAAACAGUUGAAGAAGAAGAAGAAGAAGAAACUGAGGAAACAGAUGAUGUUGAAAAAGAAACAGAGGGAACAGUUGAAGAAGAAACUGAGGAAAUAGUACAAGAAAAAACAGAAGUGACAGCGCCCAAACGAUGGAAUCAAGGGCCGAGAAAAUAUGGAACAAGAAAUUCUUCAGCAGAAAACACACUGGAAACAAAAACGUCAAAGACGAAUCAAUAG